GAGAAGGAAAGAGGGAAGAAAAAAAGAUUUAGAGGUAUUUUUCUUCUACAAUUCGCUUAUUCGUGUGAUGAGAAAAAUCCUUCUAAAUUAAAACUAAUCGCAAUGGAUCGUGAAUUGAUUGAAAAGUUUAUCGAAGUAACGGGCGAGAACGAAGCGACGGCACAACAGUAUCUAGCAUUGGCCGAUGGAAACGUGGAGAUGGCGAUUAGUCUUAUGUUCGAGGGUGGCAGACCACCGGAGAUUGAGAAUUCAAAUCCUGAGCCACCAGUGAGAGCUCCUAUAUUACCUACGCAAGAGAUACUGGUGCCGCCAGAGCCAAUGUGUUCAUUUCCACGAUUGUCAAAUGUAUACGAUAGAUUUAGAGACUUUGCAGUUGAAACUCAGCGUCAAGAGGAAGAGAUGACUCAUAGAGUAACUGGUAUGAGACACAUUUCUCAAAAGAAAUCAAAACGAUUAGAAGAUUUAUUCCGACCACCAAGCAAUAUUCUCUUUUUGGGAUCUUUCAUGGAGGCACGAGAUCAUGCAAAAACUUUGAAUCGUUGGUUACUCGUCAAUGUUCAAAAUCCACAAGAAUUUAGUUGUCAAGUUCUUAAUAGAGAUGUAUGGCCCAAUCAACAAAUUCAAGAAAUUGUGAAGGAUCAUUUUGUUUUGUGGCAAGUUUUGUGCAGUACAUCGGAUGGAAGACGUUACAUAGAUUUUUACAAUGUAGUGGCAUAUCCGUAUCUUGCAAUUGUAGAUCCCAGAACAGGAGAAUGCAUGAAAACCUACAAUAACAUCACUGUCGAUAGUUUGAUCUCUGAUUUGAAUGAUAUGUUGAGCACACAUGCAUCUCCAGAGAGUGCUCUACAAGUUACAUCUAAUUCUAAAGAUUGGAAUAAUUUUCCUACAACACCUCCAAAACGGAAUAUUCUAGCUGAUCAAAUAAAAAAUGAUUGUGGUCCUAGUAGUAAAACUUCUAGACUUUUGUCGGAAAAAAUAACAAAUUUAGAAAAUGAAAAUAUUACAUCAGAUAACAUUACAAGUUCAUGUAUCCCAAGUAGCAGUAGCACUGCCUUCAUUAAAAAAAGAAAAUUGAAUGAAUGUGAGGCUAAAGAUAAACUUUUAAAGGAUGAAACAUUAAAAUCUAAUACAGUUAAAGUUGAAACAAGCGAUGAACCUUUUUUACGGCUCUGUUUACGAUUGCCAAGUGGUGCAAAGGAAACGAUAUCAAUGUGUGCAACAGAUACUAUAGAAGACUUUUUGAUUAAAAUGGAGGAAAUGGGAUUUCCGUCAACAGAACAUACCUUUUUGGUGCCAUUCCCAAAAACAAACAUUGGUGCAUUAUCUUCAAAUACACGUCUCUUAGAUACAAUCUUAUUUCCAACAAACACAGUAUUCAUAACGAAGAUACAGUAACAUACUACAAAUCAAUUAUUUCUUCCAUUAUAAUUCGUCAAUUUAGAAACUUGGAUUUGAAAAAUAUUCAUCGAUAUCGUUCCAACGUAUUUCUAUGAAAGUUUGUACAAAUUAUAUAUUGUGUUUUAGGUUAAAAUUUAAAUAAUUCUUGACAUUAACAAACACAUUAAAAAUCUCAUAUGUUUAUAUAGCUUUAAAUUGAAGAGAGACGGGAUACUUAUAUGAACCUAUGUUGAACAUAAUGAAGCACUGCCAUUCAGUGUUCAUUUCAUAUUAAAAUUUGCAUUCUCUAUAUAAUCUUUUUAUUCUAGGAUAAGAUUUGAUAUACUCAUAAUAUAUUACAAGAGACAUCGUCAGUUACAUACAUUAUAUAUAGCCACUAUUGCCCAAGCAUUAUUACUUAUUAUUAUUGUUUUAUUAUUAUUGUUUCUGCAAAUCUUGCAAGUGCCGUCCAUACCACGUGUACAGCCGUCUCAAAAAAAAAAAAAGAAAAAAAAGAAGAAAAAAAAAAUCCUGCAAAAUAUUUCAAUAUCACAUAUGCAACAGAUUGUUACAUAUGUCAUAAUUAUAACAUGUUACUACAAAAUAUCUUAAAGCAUGCUAUAUGAAAGAAAAUUUUCAUCAUAUACACACGCAAUGUGAUUCAAGGUAUAAGCCAAAUAAAGCUUCAUAUUAUGAAUCGAAAAUAAUUCAAUGUUAUUCCAUAUGUUCUAUAGUAUCACAUGUAUCAAUAUAUGUGAUCAUCAAGAUAUCUGUUCAAGUUAAAACUGCCGAUAUAAUUAGUUAUAAGAUAGAUAUAAAUUGAAAUAUUUUACAAGUAUUAUAAGUAAGAUAUUAAUAUACACAUAGUAUUUACUAAUAUUACAUAUGCACUGAUGAUACACAAAAAAUUUUACAAAUGUCAAAUAUCUGUAUUUUUACUUAUUUUUCAGUGUCUAAUAUCAUAAUUCUGUAAUAUACAUAGUAAAAAAAAAAAGAUGUUUGAUUGAAUUUAUUAUAUAUGCAUGUGUAUAUAUAUAUUAUGCAUUUAAUUAAAUUGUAUUAUUUCAUUUAAUAUCUAUUAUAUAUAAUUUUUGUUAAUGCAGAUGUAAUUUAAU